ACGUCGAAAAAGAAGAAAAAAUCGCAGUUUGAAAAGGUUGCGCGGUCGCGAGGCUGAAAAUUAUUUUCGUUCGAGGUCUUGUUAUCGCUUCUGGUCUAAGAUUUAAUGAGCGUUUGAGGUUUUUCUCUUUUGUGUAGGAACAAUAAAUUUUUUUUUAAAUGGGGAUUAUUAAAAGUAGACGAUUUUAUAAGGAUUUAAAAAGUUUUAAGAAAUAUUUUUUAGUAAAAAGUGCUAAGGAAUUUCAAAUUAAUUUCUAAGUGUAAUAAAAAAUUGAUUUUUUUUUAAUAAACUUUUUAAACAGUGAGUUAAAUGGGGUUGUGUUAAGAUUGAGGUUAUAAUCAAAAAAAAAUGUGAGAAAAUGAAAAGGAAACAUAGAAAAUUUCAAAUUUAACUCUCCAAUGGACCGACAAAGAUCGUUUCGAAGACGGAGAAGAAGUCGCCAAUCUUUGGCGAAACAAGUUAAGGAAUGUUUAAGGAAAUUUAUUGCGUUUAUGUUUAGUAAUGUUGGUAUAAUUGGGCUUGUGGUUGGUUAUGCGAUAGCGGGGGCUUUUAUAUUUAUAAGGAUCGAGGAGGAGAGCGAUUCGUCGGAUUUAACUGUAGAAAUGUUCGCGAAUAUGACGAUUUUAAAGCGAAAUAUCGCGACGAGUUUAUGGAAUCUAACCGUUUCGACGAACAUUUUGAAUAAAACUCAAUGGAGGAACGAAGUGAACGCGACCCUUUUGUCAUUCCAAGAAACCGUUUCCGUCGAAGCCAAGGAUCACGGUUAUUCCGGCAAGAACAAGACUGCCAAAAUGUGGACCGUUUCCGGCGCAUUUUUAUAUUCACUAACAGUCAUAACAACGAUAGGGUAUGGAAAUAUCGUGCCGAAAACCGAUUGGGGAAAAAUCACGACGAUCGUUUACGCGAUAAUAGGGAUGCCCUUGUUUUUAUUGUACCUUUCGAACAUCGGCGAUAUAAUGGCCCGAUCCUUUAAAUGGCUCUACGCGACUUGCUGUUUAUGCAAAGGAUGCCCGAGCGUCUCGCAACGGCGCUUAGAACGCGAAAAAAGACGGAGGGAAGUACUCGAAAUGGCCACGUUUCAACAGAUCGAUAGUGAAAUGUCCGAAUCGUCCAGUUGGAAGGAUAAAGAUGUCCACUUAGACGGAUACACUCCCGAAGAUGGCGAAGAUUACGCCCCGAGUAUCGCAACUUCGGAUAAUCUAACUGAAGAGUCCUUCGAUACGCAAACUGUAACGGUUCCAGUUUUAAUUUGUUUGGCGAUUAUGGUUGGCUACAUUUUAUCGGGUGCUUGGCUCUUCUCCUCAUACGAACACGAUUGGGGGAUGUUAAACGCUUGUUAUUUCUGUUUCAUCUCAUUAAGCACGAUUGGUUUUGGUGAUUUCGUGCCUGGAGAUGAAAUUUACGCCACCGAUGAAGACGACGACCAGGAAAUUUUCGGCUUCGAGUUGAGUUUUAUUUUGUGCUCGAUGUACCUGAUGUUGGGGAUGGCUCUAAUCGCAAUGUGUUUUAACCUAAUGCAAGAAGAAGUAAUACAUAAGUUUAGAAGUUGCGUGGCCACGAUUAAAUACGUUUUAAGAUGCGGAAGAUAAAAAUUAAAUUAAUAAAAAAAUUACUAAAUAAGAAGAUGGGUAAAGAUCGAAAUCGGGGAUUAAGAAAAACAGACUUUUCGGAUGAGAGAGAAGUAAGUUUUCGAUGUUGAGAUUUUUCGGUUUUGAUUUUUAUGUUUUAUUUCAGGAUUGAAUAAUGUAAAUGUGAAUGGAAAAUAAAUGAUUAAUAUAAAAUAGAAU